AUGAAUUUAAUUUUGUUUGCGGUGGAGGGACCCAUCCAGCUAAUUGUAUACAGGUCAGUGGUCAAUGUAUCAAUGUUCACUCAACAAAUUUUCUAAUAGAAACUUUGAACAUUAUUAGGGAAAAUGCACCGUAGAGUUAUAGCACAUCGUUUAAAUGCAAAACGUCGCACAGCUGACGUUUUAAUCAAUGAGAAAGUCGAUUUCUCUGGGUUAAUUUUAUCCAAAGAUGUCCUCAAAGGGUUGAAAAGUGCUGGAUUUGAAAGACCAUCACCAAUUCAAAUGAAAGCUAUUCCUAUUGGUCGUUGUGGUGUAGAUUUGAUUGCACAAGCAAAAUCUGGCACAGGGAAAACAUGUGUCUUUAGUGUGAUUGCUUUGGAAAGCAUCAUUCUUACAAUGAUGUCAAUACAAGUGUUGGUUCUUGUGCCGACUCGAGAGAUAGCUGUUCAAAUCAAGGAUGUAACGAACUCUAUUGGUCAACAUAUGCAAGGACUUCAUGUAAAUGUUUUUAUUGGUGGUUUGUCUAUUGAAGAUGACAAAAACAAGUUGAAACUUUGUCAAAUUGCUAUUGGUACACCAGGACGGGUCAAACAUCUAAUUGACAGCAAACUUUUGUCUACUUCUUCCAUUCGAUUGCUUAUUCUUGAUGAGGCUGAUAAACUUUUGGAGGAAAACUUUCAAGAUCAGAUCAAUUGGAUAUUUUCAACACUUCCUGAAAGCAAGCAAGUGUUGGCUUUGUCUGCAACCUAUCCAAACUAUCUUAGCAAGCAUUUACAGAAAUAUAUGAGAAAUCCAACUUUUGUUUGUUUAAAUGCCAUGGACCCUGCACUAGAAGGGAUUCAUCAUUAUUUUUGCACAAUACCAAGUCAUUCUCUCCCACAUAAAACAUUUGAUGAAAAGGUUAAUCAUUUACUGGUUAUGUUGUCACAGAUAUCUUUCCAUCAAUGCCUUAUCUUUUCUAACUAUCAAAUAAGAGCAAAGAAUUUGAGUGAAACUUUGGCUAAAAAUGGAUUUCCUUCUACACAUAUUUCAGGUGGUCAAGGCCAAAAUGAACGUCUUGAUGCAAUGAGGAAGUUGAAGGAGUUCAAAUGUCGUAUUUUGAUAUCAACAGAUCUUAUGUCUCGUGGCAUCGAUGCUGAACGUGUGAACCUUGUGAUUAACAUGGAUCUUCCACGUGACUCUGAGACAUAUUUACAUAGAGUUGGGAGGGCUGGACGUUACGGAUCGUAUGGCGUGGCCAUAAAUUUCGUGGCCGCAGGAAAAGAAGAAUCAAGUUUGAAAGACAUCGAAAUUAAAUGUGCAAUAAACUUCGAUCCUUUGCCAGAAGAUUUAUCUGAGCUCAUAUGUAAAGAUGCGUUUGCCGAAUGUAGUUUGAUGAAGUCAAAAGGCGAGAUACUUUCAUUUACUUCUACGGCUGUUACAACCAUAGUUGGAGAAGGGAAGGUGAAAGAAGAUGAUGUCCUUUGCUGUGAAACUACAAACCUUGUUCAUAAUGGCGAAACUAGUUCCACAAUGACGAAAGAAAAUUUAGUUGAAGGUUUGAAUGAAGGAGCGAAGAAUAAAAUUCACGAGAUUGUAGCUUUCACUGACAUUGUUGUUGAUAAAAGUUUUAAAUGUGGUAACAAUAAUGAACAAAAGAAAAAUAAAGAAAGGUUAACGCGAGUAAUUGAAAAUAAUUCAGACAAUAGCGAAAGUUCCACAACGGAAAUCAUGAACUAUGGCAUUAUUAAAGAUGAUGAGUUGGCUGAAAACAACAACAUUUACACAUCUCAAGCUUCUGUCGUUGCUGACGUUUGUCGUCAAGGAAACGGACAGACUGUCGAGGAUCCAGGAAUUAUGGGUAAUGUAAAAAACGAAUUUAUUGACGUUAAGAGUGAAAAUGUUGCUGUUAAAAAUCAGGAAGCUACGACAUCCAAAGUGAACAGUGUAGAAGGAAAAGAAAUCAAAAGUCAACACAACAUUGAAACAAUAUACGAUACAGAAAACAAACUAAAUAACUUUAAAAGUGCUAUGAUUUAUCCUUCAACGUCACAAGUCAUCUUUCAUAAACAAUGGGGUAAUGGAUUUUUUACUGAGAAAAACAAAUUGGAUGAAUGUAAGAUGUCGGAAUCCUCUGUUUGUGAUGAUUGCGAAUUGUCAAGCGAAAAUUGCGUCGGGCGUGAAGAGUCACGUGAUUCCCUUGAAGAGUCAUGUGAUUCUACUGAAGAGUCAUGUGAUUCUACUGAAGAGUCUUGUGAUUUAAGUGAAGAGUCAAGUAGUGCGUGUGAAGAGUCUUAUGAAUCGUAUGAAAAUUUGCGUGGUUCGUUUAAAGACUCGCGUGAUUCGUGUGAAGUAGCACACGAUUUGUGUGUAAAGCUGCGCGAUUUGUGUGAAAAAUCGAGCGAUUUGCACGCGCCUAUCUCAUGCAGGUAUUUUGAUGAUAUGUUUGUAAAACAUUUAAACGAUCAUGCAAACACAGGCCUUCAUAAAGAUUUCGAAAAUGAAAAACCAUUAUCCUGUUUGGCAAAGAGAACAAGCUUGCUCAACGAGGUUAAUGAAUUUGGCUCAACAGAAUUCGUCUCUGGUUAUGAGAGAGAAGUUGUAGAAAUGAGAACUUCUGCUCCACAAGAAUGUGUUGGUGCACAAUCCUGCAAUUUAGAAACUAAUAAAACAAAUACGACAGUCAAUUCCACCGAUUCCCGCAACGUAUGGAACCAUGGCAACGAAGUCAUGUUUUAUGGUGCCACCACUGAUGACGUCACAGCUUACAUGGCGAGGUUGCCCGUUGAUUGGACAAACAUGUGGUAUAGAGCCUACGAUAAACAAACCAAUCACAUAAUGAAAUACACGAAGUUUUAUCAUGAAAGUUAUUGAUGAGCUAAAAUAUUUAGCUCAUCAUGAGCUAAAAUAUUUAGCUCAUCAUGAGCUAAAAUAUUUAGCUCAUCAUGAGCUAAUAUUUUAAUCGGCUAAAAUACCUACUCUGUUCUUAGUAGAUUCCGUGAAGAUUUUGUAAGGAUGAAGAUGGAAAAAUUAAAUUUAUAUUUAUGUUUCUUAAAUAUAACAUGAAUGUCAAAUGAACUUGCUUGCCAUUACGUCAUUGACGAAGUGAAAACUUUGCGACGUCAGUAAUGUUGUGUCCCCCCCCUGUUGCUGUGUGUGAUGCAGGCUGUGACAAGUCACAAGAUGUUGUUUUCCUUUUAUUGAAAGAUUUUCAAAAAAAGUCAUAUUUGCGUAUUGUUGUUUGUGUCACAAUUUUAGAAAAUAAUUAUAAGAUAGCUAAACAAAAGAAUAUAUUCAUUAUGUACAUCAAUUUAUACUUAUAUAUCGACAAACUACAAAAAAGAAUCAAAUGACGAUUUUAUUUUAAAUGAAAUCGGAAUCAACUCCAGUAAACAGUAUACAAAAUAUUUGAGAAUAAUAUUGAACUUCUAAGCAGGAUUGUUUUAAAGUAAUACUUUUGAGCAUUAAAAAGAACCUGUCUUUUUUCUUCAAUAAUCUUGUUUUAGCUUUAUCUACAUCUUAGUAUAAAAGUCUUCAUUUUACAUUACAUUGUAUCCUUUUAAAGAUAAAGUUCUUUCAUUUGACUUA